AGGGUCCAGGUACACACACCUGGUCUCUCUGUAUGUUACAGGGUCCAGGUACACACACCUGGUCUCUCUGUAUGUUACAGGGUCCAGGUACACACACCUGGUCUCUCUGUAUGGUACAGGGUCCAGUAACACACCUGGUCUCUCUGUAUGUUACAGGGUCCAGGUACACACACCUGGUCUCUCUGUAUGUUACAGGGUCCAGGUACACACACCUGGUCUCUCUGUAUGUUACAGGGUCCAGGUACACACACCUGGUCUCUCUGUAUGGUACAGGGUCCAGUAACACACCUGGUCUCUCUGUAUGUUACAGGGUCCAGGUACACACACCUGGUCUCUCUGUAUGUUACAGGGUCCAGGUACACACACCUGGUCUCUCUGUAUGUUACAGGGUCCAGGUACACACACCUGGUCUCUCUGUAUGGUACAGGGUCCAGUAACACACCUGGUCUCUCUGUAUGGUACAGGGUCCAGGUACACACACCUGGUCUCUCUGUAUGUUACAGGGUCCAGGUACACACACCUGGUCUCUCUGUAUGGUACAGGGUCCAGUAACACACCUGGUCUCUCUGUAUGGUACAGGGUCCAGGUACACACACCUGGUCUCUCUGUAUGUUACAGGGUCCAGGUACACACACCUGGUCUCUCUGUAUGGUACAGGGUCCAGUAACACACCUGGUCUCUCUGUAUGUUACAGGGUCCAGGUACACACACCUGGUCUCUCUGUAUGUUACAGGGUCCAGUAACACACCUGGUCUCUCUGUAUGUUACAGGGUCCAGGUACACACACCUGGUCUCUCUGUACGGUACAGGGUCCAGUAACACACCUGGUCUCUCUGUACGGUACAGGGUCCAGUAACACACCUGGUCUCUCUGUACGGUACAGGGUCCAGGUACACACACCUGGUCUCUCUGUACGGUACAGGGUCCAGGUACACACACCUGGUCUCUCUGUAUGGUACAGGGUCCAGUAACACACCUGGUCUCUCUGUAUGUUACAGGGUCCAGUAACAUCCUGGUCUCUCUGUAUGUUACAGGGUCCAGGUACACACACCUGGUCUCUCUGUAUGGUACAGGGUCCAGGUACACACACCUGGUCUCUCUGUAUGUUACAGGGUCCAGUAACAUCCUGGUCUCUCUGUAUGGUACAGGGUCCAGGUACACACACCUGGUCUCUCUGUAUGGUACAGGGUCCAGGUACACACACCUGGUCUCUCUGUAUGUUACAGGGUCCAGUAACAUCCUGGUCUCUCUGUAUGUUACAGGGUCCAGGUACACACACCUGGUCUCUCUGUACGGUACAGGGUCCAGUAACAUCCUGGUCUCUCUGUAUGUUACAGGGUCCAGGUACACACACCUGGUCUCUCUGUAUGGUACAGGGUCCAGGUACACACACCUGGUCUCUCUGUAUGUUACAGGGUCCAGUAACAUCCUGGUCUCUCUGUAUGGUACAGGGUCCAGGUACACACACCUGGUCUCUCUGUAUGGUACAGGGUCCAGGUACACACACCUGGUCUCUCUGUAUGUUACAGGGUCCAGUAACAUCCUGGUCUCUCUGUAUGUUACAGGGUCCAGUAACAUCCUGGUCUCUCUGUAUGUUACAGGGUCCAGUAACCCCCCUGGUCUCUCUGUAUGGUACAGGGUCCAGUAACAUCCUGGUCUCUCUGUAUGGUACAGGGUCCAGUAACAUCCUGGUCUCUCUGUAUGGUACAGGGUCCAGUAACAUCCUGGUCUCUCUGUAUGUUACAGGGUCCAGUAACAUCCUGGUCUCUCUGUAUGUUACAGGGUCCAGUAACAUCCUGGUCUCUCUGUAUGUUACAGGGUCCAGUAACAUCCUGGUCUCUCUGUAUGGUACAGGGUCCAGUAAUCCCCUGGUCUCUCUGUAUGUUACAGGGUCCAGUAACAUCCUGGUCUCUCUGUAUGUUACAGGGUCCAGUAACAUCCUGGUCUCUCUGUAUGUUACAGGGUCCAGUAACAUCCUAGUCUCUCUGUAUGUUACAGGGUCCAGUAACAUCCUGGUCUCUCUGUAUGUUACAGGGUCCAGUAACAUCCUGGUCUCUCUGUAUGUUACAGGGUCCAGUAACAUCCUGGUCUCUCUGUAUGUUACAGGGUCCAGUAACAUCCUGGUCUCUCUGUAUGUUACAGGGUCCAGUAACAUCCUGGUCUCUCUGUAUGUUACAGGGUCCAGUAACAUCCUGGUCUCUCUGUAUGUUACAGGGUCCAGUAACAUCCUGGUCUCUCUGUAUGUUACAGGGUCCAGUAACAUCCUGGUCUCUCUGUAUGUUACAGGGUCCAGUAACAUCCCGGUCUCUCUGUAUGUUACAGGGUCCAGUAACAUCCCGGUCUCUCUGUAUGUUACAGGGUCCAGUAACAUCCCGGUCUCUCUGUAUGUUACAGGGUCCAGUAACACCCUGGUCUCUCUGUAUGUUACAGGGUCCAGUAACAUCCUGGUCUCUCUGUAUGUUACAGGGUUCACUAACAUCCUGGUCUCUCUGUAUGUUACAGGGUCCAGUAACAUCCUGGUCUCUCUGUAUGUUACAGGGUCCAGUAACAUCCUGGUCUCUCUGUAUGUUACAGGGUCCAGUAACAUCCUGGUCUCUCUGUAUGUUACAGGGUCCAGUAACAUCCUGGUCUCUCUGUAUGUUACAGGGUCCAGUAACAUCCUGGUCUCUCUGUAUGUUACAGGGUCCAGUAACCCCCUGGUCUCUCUGUAUGUUACAGGGUCCAGUAACAUCCUGGUCUCUCUGUAUGUUACAGGGUCCAGUAACAUCCUGGUCUCUCUGUAUGUUACAGGGUCCAGUAACAUCCUGGUCUCUCUGUAUGUUACAGGGUCCAGUAACAUCCUGGUCUCUCUGUAUGUUACAGGGUCCAGUAACAUCCUGGUCUCUGUAUGUUACAGGGUCCAGUAACAUCCUGGUCUCUCUGUAUGUUACAGGGUCCAGUAACAUCCUGGUCUCUCUGUAUGUUACAGGGUCGAGUAACAUCCUGGUCUCUCUGUAUGUUACAGGGUCGAGUAACAUCCUGGUCUCUCUGUAUGUUACAGGGUCCAGUAACACCCUGGUCUCUCUGUAUGUUACAGGGUCCAGUAACACCCUGGUCUCUCUGUAUGUUACAGGGUCCAGUAACAUCCUGGUCUCUCUGUAUGUUACAGGGUCCAGUAACAUCCUGGUCUCUCUGUAUGUUACAGGGUCCAGUAACAUCCUGGUCUCUCUGUAUGUUACAGGGUCCAGUAACAUCCUGGUCUCUCUGUAUGUUACAGGGUCCAGUAACAUUCUGGUCUCUCUGUAUGUUACAGGGUCCAGUAACAUUCUGGUCUCUCUGUAUGUUACAGGGUCCAGUAACAUCCCGGUCUCUCUGUAUGUUACAGGGUCCAGCAACAUCCCGGUCUCUCUGUAUGUUACAGGGUCCAGCAACAUCCCGGUCUCUCUGUAUGUUACAGGGUCCAGCAACAUCCCGGUCUCUCUGUAUGUUACAGGGUCCAGCAACCCCCUGGUCUCUCUGUAUGUUACAGGGUCCAGUAACAUCCUGGUCUCUCUGUAUGUUACAGGGUCCAGUAACAUCCUGGUCUCUCUGUAUGUUACAGGGUCCAGUAACAUCCCGGUCUCUCUGUAUGUUACAGGGUUCACUAACAUCCCGGUCUCUCUGUAUGUUACAGGGUCCAGUAACAUCCCGGUCUCUCUGUAUGUUACAGGGUCCAGUAACAUCCCGGUCUCUCUCUAUGUUACAGGGUCCAGUAACAUCCCGGUCUCUCUGUAUGUUACAGGGUCCAGUAACAUACUGGUCUCUCUGUAUGUUACAGGGUCCAGUAACAUCCUGGUCUCUCUGUAUGUUACAGGGUCCAGUAACAUCCUGGUCUCUCUGUAUGUUACAGGGUCCAGUAACAUCCUGGUCUCUCUGUAUGUUACAGGGUCCAGUAACAUCCUAGUCUCUCUGUAUGUUACAGGGUCCAGUAACAUCCUGGUCUCUCUGUAUGGUACAGGGUCCAGUAACAUCCUGGUCUCUCUGUAUGUUACAGGGUCCAGUAACAUCCUAGUCUCUCUGUAUGUUACAGGGUCCAGUAACCCCCUGGUCUCUCUGUAUGUUACAGGGUCCAGUAACAUCCGGGUCUCUCUGUAUGUUACAGGGUCCAGUAACAUCCUGGUCUCUCUGUAUG